UGCACGCAGCCUUCAGCACAACUUUAUCCGUGUCUGAUUUUUACUGACAUAACAGUUUCUGACUGUGUGUGUUUUUUUUUUUUAAAGAUUUUAUCCACGAUUGUAUCUCUUUAUUUUAAACACAAUGCUUCCAGCAGCUGCAGUUUUCCAUUUCCCCUGGGAAGUAAACUCUGGAGCAGUGCAGGAGGGAGAGUCAGUGAGAGUAUUUGGCAGACUUUCCUGCUAUCAGCCUGAGGAGUCCAGGGCUACGCUGUCAGCUCAGCAUGCCUCCAAAGAGCACCAUGUCAUCAUCCACACUGUGUUUGUCGAGCCCUUUAACCCAAUAAUUGGAGCACAGUACAUUGUACUGGGUGAGAUCGAAAAUGCUGAGGCGGUUGGUGUCAUGGUCCGUGCUCGUGUGCUGAACUGUGUUGAUGGUGUAAACAUUGCCCUACUACAGAAAGCCAUCAAUGAGCAAAGAAGUUUCUUCAGGGAGAGAGAAGGCAAACAGGGUGCUGCAGCACAACCUGCUGAUGCAACCUGAUCAGGAUCUUCAUUCAUCAAAUUUCCCAGGGUGCUCGUUGACUACAGUGCUACCUCUUAAGCUCUUUGCCAAGGUGCAAUCGAGUGCUGUAAUGCGCCCUCAAGUGAACUUUAGGGCUGUUAGGUUGGGUACAAAAAAGUUACUUUUGUUUAUGUGACCAUAACACUGUCUGAACUUCAUAAUUCCUGCUGUUGCUAUUUGGCAAUCAUAGUCCCAAAUUAACGGAUUGAUAUUAGAUUUCAUGGUAGGUCAGUGAAGUAUUAAUAGCUGUUAGGUUUGGAUCCGUGACCUGUGAAUAUAGUGAAUUUUUAGCCAUGUCUCUUGGUGUUGAGCCAUUUGAUAAUAAUAGUUUUUUCAGUGCUGCUAUUUUAUAAAGUGGGUGUCUCCAGUCUUGUGGUUUUCUUAAAAUUCAGAACACUUUUUACUCUUGAACAUUUUGCACUGAAAAGUUUGCCAAUAUGUCUUUUAGGUUAGUAGUUAUUGUCUGAGGUGUUACAUAGAUCAGGACUUGCACCGAAACUCCACUGGCAGAAUUAAUAUAAUUGAAACAAUCCAUUUUAUAAACUUAAUUCAGUUUUAAAUUAUUACAUUUUUAAUGUGUUUUUACAAAGGCAUGUUCCUCUGCAUUUGCACCUCUUAACUCAUAACACAGUUGGUAUUUGUCAUCAUGAACAAUGUGUACUUCUAGUAAGUUAGCUGUACGGGUAAAGUGGAGUCAUCUUACAUCUUAAAUUAUUAUUCUUUUAAUGACAAGGAAGUUUUGGUAGUUGAUAAAUGAUUGGUGUCAUUUUCAGUUUUCUGAUGUUAUUUGUCUUCAUAUUUUCAGUUUCUUAAAUGUGAAGAUUUGCUUUUCCAUCAUAGCAUGGUUUUAUGUGAAUUUGCAUUUUGGGAAAGUGUAAUUUUUUUGCCAUUUUUUAAAAUUGUUUUCUGAUAUUAUGUAGACCACCUGGUAUAAUAUGAUAAUAGUGAUAAUAAAAGUAACUGCACUCCCACUGUGGUUGAAAACGAUAAGUGGUUUGACUGAAGUAUAAUUUUCUUUACAUUUUAUUUGAAGGAAUUUGGAGGCCUAAAAAGGGGGAACCUAUGCAGUAUCUCAAAGGAAAAAAUAAUCUGCAUAAAAAUACUUUUAUUUAUUUAUUUUCAUCUAUAUGAUCAUUGGCUGACCCCUUAGAUGUAUCC